CGUUAUCAACUAUCAGGCAGGUGAACGUAUCUGAUUAGAUUGGGGUAGCUGCACUGACUCUUGGCCUUUGUUCCCUUCCUGCUGUAACCGUCACUCGCUGUGUUUGACUUUCGCCUCGUCAGAGUCGGCGCCGAUCGCCUCUCUCGUUCACAGCCUUUUAUGGUCCAAAUCACUUUUCCUUCGCUCGCAUUCAGCUUGACGAGGCCAUCAGAGGAGAGAGAGAGCGAGCGGACAGUUCGAGGACUCUGACAGGAUGUGUUGUACUGGAAAGUGUGCCCGCCUGGUGGGCCUGAUACUGCUGCCGUCGGCCUUCAUCUGCAUGAUCUCCAACCUGCUGCUUUUCUUCCCCAAUGGGGAGAAGCUGGAAAGUAACCAGAUCACCCUGCAGGUCUGGCUCAUGGGGGGGAUCAUCGGCGGAGGCCUCUUUAUGCUGUGCCCGAGCUGCUCAGCUAUCAGGGCCGGGGGCAAGGGUUGCUGUGGACAAGGUUGCUGUGGCAAUCGCUGCAGGAUGCUGAACUCAGUCUUUUCCUCUGCCUUUGGUCUGCUCGGGGGGAUUUACUGCACCAGCGUGGCCUCGGCUGCGUUGGCGGUGGGACCUAAGUGUGAGGUUAAUGGCAAUUGGAAAUACCCCUUUGAGGACUUGGGCACGGGUAACAGCAGCUAUCUUUGGGACCAGACCUUGUGGUCAGAAUGCCAGAGGCCUGAAAACAUAGUUCUGUGGCACAUCGUGUUGUUCUCCAUACUGCUGGGGAUGGGCUUGCUGCAGCUCGUGCUCUGUGGCAUCCAGGUGGUCAACGGCUGCAUCGGAUGCAUCUGCGGCGACUGCCGGGAAGACAGCGAUAGAAAAUAAAAAAACAAACAUUAUGAAGCUUUGAAAGGAUCAUCCUGUCAGAAUGAAAGUGGACUAUAAAGGUGAAGAAGAAGAGAAUCCUGCAGAGACCGUCCAUCGCCUCUGGCAAUGUGACUCUUGGUUCAAAUGUUUUGCUGAGUAACCUUUAAAAUAUGUUCGUUUUCUUUUAAUUUGUUUCACUUUCCAAAAAUGUCCACCCUUUUACUCCAUUUUGUACUUUUUAUUUUGCUCUUGUGUUCUGGUGGCAGAUAAUUACUGAGCCCAAUAAAAAAAACUCCACUUGUUAGAAUGAAACUGUGUUCGCACACUGUUGUGUUUAGCUCCAUGCCUCAAUGUUUAUCAGCUGAACAUGACUGGGUAAGGAUUCAUAUGCUUGAAACCUCACAAGAAUCAUUUAGAUUUUAACUGCUUUAAAUGCUUGUUUUCUUUGCAUUAUUUGAGGGCUGAAAGCACUGCAUCUUUUUUUUGUUAUUUUGACCAUUUGUCUUCUUCUGCAAAAAUAAAUACGAAAUUUUUGCUUGUGCCUUCAGAGACACAUUGUCAGUAGUUCAUAAAAUAAAGGAGCAAUGUUCAUUUUAGUCAAACAUAAACCUAUAAAGAGUAAAAUCAGAGAAACUGAUAAUUUUGCAGUGGUCUAUUAAUUGUUUUUUUCGAAAGCUGUAAAUUGUUCGGGGGAGAAGGAAGACUGUAAUAACUUCAUUGUUUGUGAUCAUCCUAUUAUUUCCAACUAAGAUGUUAUGGAACAAAUUAGCGCAAGUGCUGAAAUAAUUCCUCAACAAAUAAAAAGCCAUAAACCUU